AUGGCCUGGACUCUAGUUGCUACGAUCAUUCCAAUUCUUCUUUUUUAUCUUUGGAAAACGGCCACAUAUUAUCGAACGAAACAAUAUGCUGGGUUUCCCCAGCUUCCACCAUCGCUACUAUGGGGCCAUUUGUCCACGCUCGGGAAACUCGUGAAGACAAAUCGACCCAAUAUACACAUCGAUGAGAUCCUCCAAGCCAUGUACCAUGGUCUCGGCAAACCUGCUUUAUUUAUUGUCGAUUUGCGACCAGUGAGCCAUCCUAUGUGCGUGAUCUGCGAUCAUGACGUUGCAGAGCAAAUAUCCAAAAGCUCCAAGCUCUUUCAGUACAGUGCACCCAAAUCACACACAUCUCGCUCGUACAGUGACAUGAUGGGUCCAUUAUCCAUUGUGCUUGCAGAGAAUGAAGAAUGGAAAAGCCUUCGCAAACAGUUCAAUCCAGGAUUUGCCCACAAGCACCUCAUCAAUAUGUUGCCAUGUAUUCUAGAAAAGACACAACUUUUCUUAACGAGACUCGAUCGUUAUGCCAGCACCAAUGAGGAGUUCCCACUGGAUGAGCUAUGUACAAAUUUGACAUUUGACAUUAUCGGUGCAGUUACCAUGGAUAUUGAUCUAAAUGCUCAACUCGGAGAAGAAAACCAAAGUGCAAUCGUUCGAUUAUUCCGCAAACUAGGCUCGACCUAUCGUUCCGGACACCGUGGAUGGAAAUUAUUACUCCCUCUGCAAAGGAAGUUAAUUUCUCGUCAACUUGGUGCGCACAUCAAAGAGCAUAUUAAGGAAAAGUUUGAGCGGCAGUCAACUUCACACAAUGCAUCUCACAGUGUCCUUGCUUUAAGUCUAGUUGACACACAUGAGUUAACACCCGAAGUUCUAGACCGGACUUGCGACCAACUCAAGACUUUCCUAUUUGCUGGUCAUGAUACAACAAGCAUCUUGCUACAAUGGACAUUCUACGAACUGGCUCGCACUCCGCACGUCUUGCGCCGUGUUUGUUUGGAACUGGAUGAGAUCUUUGGCACUAACUCGCACCCAACCCACAUUCGAGCUCAAAUCUUAGAACACGGAGAGAGUGUUCUCCAAAGAAUGAUCUACACCUCUGCCGUUAUCAAGGAAAUUCUUCGUCUGUAUCCACCAGCUGCGACAGCCCGAUUUUCCAACCCAAACACCGGUCUAGGCGUUCGACUACCAGACGGUCAAGAUAUGUGUCUGGAUGGGUUGAUGCUCUACAACUGCCAGAGUAUCAUACAACGCGACCAAGCCAUAUAUGGCGACAAAAGCGACCAGUUUAUUCCCCAACGCUGGCUGGAAACCGGCUCCACCAUACCGGCGAGUGCUUGGCGGCCGUUCGAGCGUGGACCACGCAACUGCAUUGGACAGGAGCUAGCGAAUAUCGAAGCACUUGUCAUUCUCGCAUGUGCGGCACGGCGAUAUGAUUGGGAGAAGGUAGGACUUGGUUCGAUCAAGCGAGAUGAGUCGGGUGCGCCAAUUGAAAAAGAAAACGGACAAUACGAAGUUCAGUCAAAGCUGUAUAAUACACUAGAGAUUACCUCCAAGCCAGUGGAUGGAAUGAGAAUGCGAGUGAAAAUAGCAAGGACAUAG